GCGCCCUGGCCACGCGGACGGCGCGAUGGCGGCGGCUGCCGCCGAGACCCCCGAAGUCCUUCGGGAAUGCGGUUGCAAGGGCAUCCGGACCUGUCUGAUCUGCGAGCGGCAGCGCGGCGGUGACCCGCCCUGGGAGCUGCCCCCAGCGAAAACAUACCGUUUCAUUUACUGCUCCGACACCGGCUGGGCCGUGGGCGCAGAGGAGUCUGACUUUGAGGGCUGGGCCUUCCCCUUCCCAGGAGUGAUGCUGAUCGAGGACUUUGUGACCCGGGAGGAAGAAGCCGAGUUGGUGCGGCUCAUGGACCGUGACCCCUGGAAGCUCUCCCAGUCUGGACGGAGGAAGCAGGACUAUGGCCCCAAAGUCAACUUUCGGAAACAGAAGCUAAAGACCGAGGGCUUCUGCGGCCUCCCCAGCUUCAGCCGGGAGGUGGUGCGGAGGAUGGGCCUCUACCCGGGGCUUGAGGGCUUCCGGCCCGUCGAGCAGUGCAACCUGGACUACUGCCCCGAGCGGGGCUCUGCCAUCGACCCCCACCUGGACGACGCCUGGCUGUGGGGGGAGCGGCUGGUCAGCCUCAACCUCCUGUCCCCCACCGUGCUGUCCAUGUGUCGGGAGGCGCCCGGGAGCCUGCUCCUCUGCUCGGCCCCGUCAGCUGCCCCGGAGGCCUUGGUGGACAGCGUGAUAGCACCCAGCCGGUCGGUGCUAUGCCAGGAGGUGGAGGUGGCCAUCCCCUUACCCGCCCGCUCCCUGCUGGUCCUCACCGGGGCAGCACGGCACCAGUGGAAGCAUGCCAUCCACCGCAGACACAUCGAGGCCCGCCGCGUCUGCGUCACUUUCCGGGAGCUGUCGGCUGAGUUUGGCCCUGGAGGGAGGCAGCAAGAGCUGGGCCAGGAACUGCUGCAGAUCGCCCUCUCCUUCCAGGGAAGACCCGUGUGAACCGCCUCCUUGGCUCCAGACUUGACUGAUCCCGGGAUUGAAAUGAGGAGCACAGAACAGGGCCUCCUGCAACUCACGGGGUUUCAAGAGAAGAUGGCUGACCCCUGAUGCUGUGAGCAGUGUGAACCCUGCCCAGGAGCAGGUUUUGAUGGGAACGUACCUCCAGGCAGCCCCCUUCCACCUGGACCGUGGCCACACUUUUUUGGUUAUUUAGUUUGUCACAGUCUUGGGGACAUGGGAUCAUUUGAGCUUAAAAAAUACUGGGGGCCGGGCACAGUGGCUCACGCCUGUAAUCCUAACACUUUGGGAGGCUGAGGUGGGCAGAUCACUUGAUGCCAGGAGUUCGAGACCAGCCUGGCCAACACGGUGAAAACCCGUCUCUACAAAAACUACAAAAAUUAGCCGGGUGUGGUGACUCGCACCUGUAAUCCCAGCUACUCGGGAGGCUAAGGUGGGAGAAUUGCUUGAACCUGGGAGGCGGAGGUUGCAGUGAGCCAAGAUCACGCCACUGCACUCCAGCCUCGGUGACAGAGCAAGACUGUUUUGAAAAAAAAAAAAAAAAUGGGAACAUUUUAAAUGAUUUUCACCUUUA